CCUGUUUUCACGCGGAUAUUUUCGCAUGCCAGUAUCGGAUACUUAUGAACAUCUGCGCCGGUUUAUACCAUCUAACUUGAAGAGAAAAAGAAAGCAGUAAUGGAUCAGAAUCUAUUUGGUGGGGCUCCACGCUUCCUAACUCGACCCAAGGCCUUCUCGCUGUGUGUGGGACGAGACGCCUCCCUCAGUUGCACCAUUGUGGGAAACCCUGUACCUGCAGUAACCUGGGAGAAAGACAAACUGCGUCUUUCUGCCGGGGGACGCUUCAAAACAGUCGAUGAUGGUGACGUUUACCGACUUACCAUCUACGAUCUAACUCUAGAAGACAGCGGUCAGUACAUGUGUCGUGCCAAGAACAAUGUCGGAGAGGCAUAUGCAGCUGUGACCCUGAAGGUGGGAUUGCCGGAAACUGUGGUAGAUCGUGCUCCGGUGUUUACAGUGAAGCCUGUUUCCACCCGCGUGGGUCUAGGGGGUGAUGUUACCUUCUAUUGUCGUGUGGCAGCCCAUCCAGCACCUAACUUUGAAUGGGAAAAGGAUGGCCGCUACCUAGGUGAGACCAACCGCAUCAAGGUAACCUCCGAAAAUGACUCCAGCUCAUUGAGGAUCCAGAGCAUCAGGAGCUUGGACAGUGGUACCUACACCUGCCGUGUGCAGAACUCCAUGGGCCGCUCUCAGGCCGCUGCCACUCUGGCGGUGGACCCUCAAGAUACUCGUCUCCUGAAUGCGGACAAGAGCACAUCCCUCCUCUCGCAAAUGCAGAAGCGGAAAGAAGAGAUGCGGAAGGAUAUCUCUUUCUACCGCACCAUGGAAAGUUCCUCAACAUCAUCUUCCAAGAUCACAGAGGAACUGGAUCCGGAGCAGAGGGUUUCGGCCUUAGCCAGCAUGUUGCCCAAAGGUGUGUUUACCCGAACAUGCACCGUUACCGAAGGUAAACACGCAAAGCUUAGCUGUUUCGUCACAGGCCAUCCCAAACCUCAGAUCAUCUGGAGGAAGGAUGGGGGGAACAUCAGCGAGGGCCGCAGACAUGUUAUGUAUGAGGACCAGGCUGAGAAUUUCAUCCUCAAGGUGCUCUACUGCAAACAGAGCGAUAAUGGGCUGUACACCUGCAAUGCAUCCAACAUGGCUGGACAAACCUAUAGUGCUGUGCUCGUGAUUGUCAAAGAGCCAAAGAUUCCAUUCAAGAGAAAGCUGCAGGAUGUUGAGGUGAAGGAAAAGGAAACGGCAACACUGCAGUGUGAGGUACCAGUGUCGAAUACAAAGGCUAACUGGUUUAUGGAGGAGACCCGUCUGGAGGAAUGCAGCAAGUACCGCAUGGAUGUGGAGGGUACCCUGCGCCGCCUCACAAUUCACAAUGUCACCACCAACGAUGAUGCCGUCUAUAUCUGUGAGAUGAAGGAAGGCAGUCGCACCGUGGCCGAACUUACAGUGCUGGGCAAUAUCACUAAAAAGCUGCCGAGGAGGACAGUGGUGCCGGUUAGCGAUACCGUGAUCUUCUGUGUGGAGCUGGAGAAACCAGUAGAUGAUGCAUACUGGACCAGGAAUGGGGAGAAGCUGAAAGAGGACUCUCGAAUUAUUAUCGCCCGCAUUAACAGACAGUACACACUCACCAUUCGUGAAUGUACCGCGGAGGACUCUGGUGAGGUGGCCUUCAUCGCCCAUGACUGUAAGACCUCCACCCGCUUCUCUGUCACAGCACCGAGGAAACACCCUCCAGAUCCCCCAGUUGAACCAACGGUGCAGAACAAAACAGAUUCAUCGAUCACACUGUGCUGGUCUCCACCGGACAGUGAACGGCCUGUGCCCAUCACCGGCUACUUCUUGGAGCGCAGGAAGGUUGGAGCCCAAAGCUGGGUUAAAGUCACUAGCACGACUGUGACUAGGACUGAAUACACCUUCAGCGAAAUCACAGAGGAGGCGAGCUAUCAGUUCCGUAUCUCGGCGGUCAAUGAUUUCGGUCAGAGUGCCUACUUGGAGGUUCCUGGAACAUUUUAUCUUGAGCCCACAGCGUCAGUGAAGACAGGCCUGGUGAGCUGCAGUGCACAUGCAGGCGAAGAAGCCACCUUCACUGUGGAGCUCUCGAGUGUAUGUUCGGGCUCCUGGACCAUAAAUGACCGAAUGAUCCGCAGUGGAUCGGAGUAUCUGAUCACACGCUCAAAGACCACACACACACUGGUCAUCAGGGAGGUGUCCAUGGAGCUGAACGGGGCACAGGUCAAGUUUGUGGGUGGUGGAUCUCAGAGUGUUUGCACACUUACUGUGAAAGCUGCACUUUCACGUUUCACCAGUAAGUCUUCUCAGGUUGAAGUAUUUACUUUCAGCAUGCACUCCUCUGCUCAGAUGCACACAGAAGUGUCCGAUUCAAGUGUCCAGGUUGUUUGGAUGAAGAAUGGGAAGGAGCUGAGGAUGGGUAAAAAAUAUGAAGCCAAGAGUGUGGAGCGCAAACGCAUACUGACAGUCCACAACGUGGACCUUGAGGACGUGGGCAUUUAUGAAUGCAUGUGUGAUGGCGAUAAAAUGUCUGUCCAACUUGUACUUAAAGAAGAACCAACUAAGUUUGUUAACAAGCCAAGGACUCAGCCCCAGGAGAGUGGCGCUCUGGUGGGCGACGUGGUGUUGAGCUGUGAGGUUGCUUCUCCUGGAACCACUGUUGUGUGGAAGAAAGACCAGAUAGAAAUAACGGAGGACAAGAGGACAACUUUUAUGUCUCAAGGGACGCAAAGGAAGCUGGUCAUCAAGGGUGCCAAGCAGAGCGAUGAAGGACACUACUCGUGUGAGACGGCAGAGGACAAAAUGACAUUCCUGGUCAAGAUAAAAGAAACUCGGGCUGCUUUCUCCAACAAAGACUCUUAUCAGAAAGAGGUGAAGGUUUCAACUUCCCAGAGGGCCACACUGAGCUGUGAAGUUUCUGAUGCCAAAACUGAGGUGAAAUGGUUUAGGGAUGGCAAGCAGUUGAGCUCCAGUAAGACUGUCCACAUGGAGUCAAAGGGCAAGAGCCGUCAGCUGGUGCUGGAGAACGUGGAAAAGAAGGAUGCUGGGGAAUAUACCUGUGAAGUUGGGAAUGAGAAACUGCUCUUUAAGAUCCAGGUGACAGACAUUCAAGCCGCCUUCUCCAACAAAGACUCCUAUCAGAAGGAAGUGAGGGUUUCAGCAUCCCAAAAAGCCACACUGAGCUGUGAAGUUUCUGACCUCAAGACUGAGGUGAAAUGGUUCAAAGAUGGCAAGCAGUUGAGCUCCAGUAAGACUGUCCACAUGGAGUCAAAGGGCAAGAGCCGUCAGCUGGUGCUGGAGAACGUGGAGAAGAAGGAUGCUGGGGAAUAUACCUGUGAAGUUGGGAAUGAAAAGCUGGUCUUCACGAUUCGGGUGGAAGACAUUCAAGCCGCCUUCUCCAACAAGAACUCCUAUCAGAAGGAAGUUAAGGUUUCAGCAUCCCAAAAAGCCACACUGAGCUGUGAGGUUUCUGACCUCAAGACUGAGGUGAAAUGGUUUAAGGAUGGCAAGCAGUUGAGCUCCAGUAAGACUGUCCACAUGGAGUCAAAGGGCAAGAGCCGUCAGCUGGUGCUGGAGAACGUGGAGAAGAAGGAUGCUGGAGAAUAUACCUGUGAAGUUGGGAAUGAGAAACUGCUCUUUAAGAUUCAGGUAGAAGAUAUUCAAGCUGCCUUCACCAACAAGGACUCCUAUCAGAAGGAAGUUAAGGUUUCAUCAUCCCAAAAAGCCACACUGAGCUGUGAAGUUUCUGACCUCAAGACUGAGGUGAAAUGGUUCAAAGAUGGCAAGCAGUUGAACUCCAGUAAGACUGUCCACAUGGAGUCAAAGGGCAAGAGCCGUCAGCUAGUGCUGGAGAACGUGGAGAAAGAUGCUGGAGAAUAUACCUGUGAAGUUGGGAAUGAAAAGCUGGUCUUUAAGAUUCGGGUGGAAGACAUUCAAGCUGCCUUCUCCAACAAGGACUCCUAUCAGAAGGAAGUUAAGGUUUCAACAUCCCAAAAAGCCACACUGAGCUGUGAAGUUUCUGACCUCAAGACUGAGGUGAAAUGGUUCAAGGAUGGCAAGCAGUUGAGCUCCAGUAAGACUGUCCACAUGGAGUCAAAGGGCAAGAGCCGUCAGCUGGUGCUGGAAAACGUGGAAAAGAAGGACGUUGGGGAAUAUACCUGUGAAGUUGGGAAUGAGAAACUGCUCUUUAAGAUUCAGGUGACAGAUACCACAAUUACAAUACAGUAAGUCAACAAAGAUUAAGAAAAACAACUUAAAAUAUAACAAAGGGGUUUGAUACAGUAUGCCUUGCAUCUGGUAAAAAAAACAUGCCACAAUAUUUCAUUAAUGUGUCUUUAUAGAUACAAUUAUUUAUGUACUUUUCUUUCUUUAAGAAGUAGUACACUUAUAGGUAGAAAAAAUGUGUUGCAUGCUUCAGUCUGCAAUGUAAUUUUUUUUUGUGUGUGUGUGUGUUUGUGUGGAAAGAUUUCUCUGAUAUUGUCUAAUGCCCAUCCAGACAUUCAAGCCGCCUUCUCCAACAAAGACUCCUAUCAGAAGGAAGUGAGGGUUUCAGCGUCCCAAAAAGCCACACUGAGCUGUGAAGUUUCUGACCUCAAGACUGAGGUGAAAUGGUUCAAGGAUGGCAAGCAGUUGAGCUCCAGUAAGACUGUCCACAUGGAGUCAAAGGUCAAGAGCCGUCAGCUGGUGCUGGAGAACGUGGAGAAGAAGGAUGCUGGAGAAUAUACCUGUGAAGUCGGGAAUGAAAAACUCUCUUUUAAAAUUCAGGUGACAGACAUUCAAGCUGCCUUCAUCAACAAGGACUCCUAUCAGAAGGAAGUCAAAAUAGCUGCUUCCCAAAAAGCCACACUGAGCUGUGAGGUUUCUGACCUCACGACUGAGGUGAAAUGGUUUAAGGAUGGCAAGCAGUUGAGCUCCAGUAAGACUGUUCACAUGGAGUCAAAGGGCAAGAGCCGUCAGCUGGUGCUGGAGAACGUGGAGAAGAAAGAUGCUGGAGAAUAUACCUGUGAAGUUGGGAACGAGAAACUGCACUUUAAGAUUCAGGUGACAGAGCUCAAAACUGCCUUCACCAACAAAGACACUUAUCAGAAGGAAGUUAAGGUUUCAGCAUCCCAAAAAGCCACACUGAGCUGUGAAGUUUCUGACCUCAAGACUGAGGUAAAAUGGUUCAAAGAUGGCAAGCAGUUGAGCUCCAAUAAGACUGUCCACAUGGAGUCAAAGGGCAAGAGCCGUCAGCUGGUGCUGGAGAACGUGGAGAAGAAGGAUGCUGGAGAAUAUACCUGUGAAGUUGGGAAUGAGAAACUGCACUUUAAGAUUCAGGUAGAAGACUUUCAAGCUGCCUUCACCAACAAGGACUCCUAUCAGAAGGAAGUUAAGGUUUCAGCAUCCCAAAAAGCCACACUGAGCUGUGAAGUUUCUGACCUCAAGACCGAGGUAAAAUGGUUCAAAGAUGGCAAGCAGUUGAGCUCCAAUAAGACUGUCCACAUGGAGUCAAAGGGCAAGAGCCGUCAGCUGGUGCUGGAGAACGUCGAGAAGAAGGACGUUGGAGAAUAUACCUGUGAAGUUGGGAAUGAGAAACUGCUCUUUAAGAUUCAGGUGGAAGAUGUCACUACCAAAUUCCAGAAGACAUCCGUGACAAAAGAAACUGUGAUGGUCGAGUCAACAGAGAAGGUUGUUUUAAAAACCGAGGUGAUGUCAGAGAGUUGUAGUGUUAAGUGGUUCAGGGAUGGAGUGGAACUAAAAGAUGGAUCAAAGUAUGAGAUGAAACAGGAAGGUCGCUCACGUGUCCUAAUUGUUAAGUCCUCUGAAUCCAAAGACAAUGGCAUUUAUUCCUGCCAGACUGCUGAUGACAAGGUGGAGUUCAAGGUUCAGGUCAAAGAGGCACCUUUAAAAUUUGUGGUGCCAUUGCAACCGGUAUCUGCAGCACUAGAAAGCACUAUGACCCUUUCCUGCACCCUCAACAAAGCCACCGGUAACGUCCUCUGGAAGCAUAACGGCAAAGAAAUCAAACCUGGCGGCAGAUUCAGCAUCCGUACUGAUAGCACCAACUGCACCUUGAUUGUGUCUGAUGUGGCUCAGGAGGAUGAAGGGGAGUAUAGCUGCGAAUGCAAAGAUGACAAAACCACCACUAAAGUCACCACUAAAGCCCCACGUCUGGUGAGGUUCACUACCAAGCUGAACAACGUUGUUGCAAAUGAAGGCAAAGAUGCCAUCUUCAAAUGCUCUAUCACACCAGCCGAUGUGAGUGUCAGAUGGCUGCAUAAUGGUGUUCCUAUAACAGCUAGUCCCAAAUUUAAGCUAGCUUUUGGAGGAAGCACCUUCUCCCUCACUAUCAUAGCUGUCACUCAGGAGGACGCAGGAGAGAUCAGUAUCGAUGCCGAUGGGAAAGUGUGCAAGGCCACACUCCAAGUACAAGAGCUUCCUGUCACAUUUAAGAAGAAGCUUGUAGAUGUGACUGUGCAGGAGCAGGACACAGUUCGGUUGGAAGUGGAGCUAAGUAAACCCUCAACAGAUGUGAAGUGGAUGAAGAAUGGUGUGGUUCUACAGCAAGGAGGAAAUCUGGAGAUUCAUGUGGAGGGUGUCAAGCAGACUUUGGUCCUCAAGAGCGUGAUAUAUGCUGACAGAGGACAUUACUCAUGUGAAACCCUAGAUGACAAGACCCUGGCAAAACUGACAGUAGAAAUUAAGAAGAUUCAGGUAGUAAAAGGCCUGAAAGAGGUGAAAGUACAAGAAAAAGAGACCAUCACUAUGGAGGUGGAACUUAGCAAGGCUGAUGUAGAAGGAACCUGGAGCAAAGAUGGAACGAAACUGAAGGCAGGACCCAAUAUCAUCAUUACAGCAUUGGGCAACAAGCACAGCCUGACUAUGUCCCAGCUGAAGAUAAGUGAUGGUGGAUCUAUUACCUUUCAAGCUGAGGAUGUUCAUACGUCUGGAAAACUAAUUGUUACAGAGCCAGCUGCGAAGAUCCUCAAACCCCUACGGGAUAUCGUUUCUCCUGAAAAGGAGAAAGCCACAUUUGAAUGUGAAGUAUCAAGAGCAAAUGCUGAUGUCAAGUGGUUUAAGGAUGAUGAGGAACUAAAGCCAGGAAAGAAAUUUGGCAUUCAAUCCCAGGCCAACAAGCGCACCCUCCUCAUCCACAAGUGUGCGUAUGAGGACCAGGGCCAGUAUAUGUGUAGAACAACAGAUGACAAUACUUCAGCAAAGCUCACGGUUCAUGCCCGAGAUAUUAAAAUAGUAAAGCCGCUGCAGGACACCGAGGUGACCGAGAAGGAGAGCGCGACAUUUGUUUGUGAGGUCUCUCACGAUGAAGUAGAGGCUCAGUGGCACAAAGGGGAUGCCAAGCUCAAAGCCGGAGACAACAUCAAGAUGAGGCAGGAGGGAAGAACAUACGUACUACUUUUCAAAUCUGUAAAGGCUGAGGAUGCUGGUGAAAUCAAGUUCACAGCUGAGAAGGCCUCUUCAACCGCUAAACUAAAGGUUAAAGAACUGCCUGUCAGAUUUGUGAAGAAACUGAGAGACAAAAUCGCCAUGUUCAAACACCACGCAUACUUAGAGUGUCAGGUGUCACGGGCCAGUGCUAAAGUCACAUGGUACAAGAACAAGUCGGAGCUCAAACCCAGCGAGAAGCACGAGAUCACUAGUGAGGACAUCUACAGGAAGCUCACCAUCAUCGACGUGGACUCGGAUGAUGAGGACACGUACAUGUGUGACGCCAUUGAUGAUAAGACUUCAUGUCAACUACUAGUAGAGGAGCAGGCUAUCAGCAUAGUACGGGAGCUGAGUUCUGUGGAGGUGACUGAGCCAUUUGCCGCCCACUUUGAAGUGGAAGUCAGCGUGGAGACAGUCAAACCAGUGAAGUGGAUGCUGAAUGGGGAACAGCUGAAGGAGAGCACAGAUAUCGAGAUGGAGAAGGAGGGAACCAUGCACCACCUCACUUUUAAGAAGACCAAGGCCUCCAUGUCAGGCCAAGUACAGUUCACAGCCGGAAAGAGCAAAUCAACAGCUGAGCUCAAAGUGAAAGAGCGUCCCAUUGAAGUUCUUGAGCCUCUCAAGGAUGUGUCAGCCAAGGAGAAGACUUCCACCACACUGUGCUGCAAGUUCUCUGCCCCGCCAAAAGAAGUGCAGUGGUUUAAGGGUCAAACUGCUUUGGAGGCUUCUAGCAAGUACAGCAUGAAGCAAAAGGACGCCAAUGUGCAGCUGAUUAUACAAGCUUUGAGUGCAGAGGACUCUGGAGAGUAUCGCUGUCAGGUCGGGGUCUGUGAGAGCAAAGCCGUUCUCAAAGUAGAAGUGCGUAAAAUCCAGAUCACCAAACAUCUGACAGAUGUUGAGGUGGAUGAAGACGGUGAUGCUGUGUUCACCUGUGAGGUCAACUAUUCUGAUGAAGAAGUCCAAUGGACGCUCAAUGACAAGCUGCUGUUCAACAAUGAGGUCAAUACCAUCACCCAUGUGGAUAAGACCCAUACACUUUCUCUCAAGAACCUAGCACCUGAGGAUGGUGGGAAGGUGUCAUUCAGCGUAAGGGAUGUAAAAGAAACAGUAUGCCUGAAGGUCAAAGAAAAGAAAGCUGUAUUCCUGAAGUUGCUAGAUGAUGUAGUUGCAGAGGAGAAGGGAACGGUGACCCUUAAGUGUGAAGCCUCAAAGCCCAGAGUGGCCCCUGUGUGGUGCAAAGAUGGUACAGUCUUGUCUGCAGGCAAAAAAUACGAGCUCCUCCAUGAUGGUAAGUCCCUGGGACUGACUAUCCACGACGUCAUGCAAGCUGACGCAGGGGAGUACAGCUGUGAUCUUGGCACGGACCUCUCCAAGUCCAAGGUCACUGUUAGAGAUAUCCACAUCGGGAUCACCAAGCGUCUUAAGUCGUUAGAGGCCAAAGCAGGUGAAAACUGCACAUUUGAGUGUAUCUUGUCCCGGGAAAGCUCAGAGCAGUGCUCCUGGAGCUUAAAAGGCCAACCUGUCACUGAUGGAGGCCGUUUCCAGAUAAGCAGCAAAGGGCGCAAGUAUACCUUAACAAUUAAAUCAGUCUCAGCUUCUGAUUCUGGUGAGGUGGUCUUCACUCUCAAAGAUUUGAGCUCAAAGGCAACACUUUCUGUUGAGGGUGAAGUUCCUACCAUAUCUAAAGAGCUUCAGGGUGUUAGUGCCAAAAUUGGUGAAGAUGCGGUAUUCUCCUGUGAGGUUUCUCAAUGUGGCCUGGAAGUGAAGUGGUCCAAGGAUGGAAAGUCUAUCAGAAAGAGCCAAAAAUAUGAAAUCAGUCAGGAGCAGACGCUCAUAAAGUUGACUAUCCACAACGUCACUGACAAAGACUCUGGAGAGUACAGCUGCGAGGUCACCGGUGGUCCAACCUCCAAGGCUAAACUGGAGAUCAAAGAACUGGCCAACAAAUUCAUUUGUGAGCUAAAGGAUGCCACGGCAGAAGAGAAUAGUACUGUCUUAUUUGAAUGUGAAACCGUCCACCCUGCCUCUAAAGUCACCUGGCUGAAAGGAACAAAGGAGAUCAAGGCUGGAGGAAGGUAUGAGCUGAUGCAGAAGGGAACCGUCCUCAUUCUCAACAUAAAGGAUCUAGAGAAGAGUGACAGCGAGGUAUACACCUGUGACAUUGGCUCUACAAAGAGUACAGCCAAACUGACAGUGAAAGUGGUGCCUGCCAGGUUCAAGGGGCAGAUGAAGAACCAGCAGGUUACCGAAGGCGGGAAAGUUUUACUUUCCUGCGAGCUCUCAAAACCUGGCUGUCAAGUGCAAUGGAAGAAGGGAACUGAAAAUGUGAAACAUGGGGGAAGAUAUCAGAUAACGCAGAGGGACACUAUGUUUGAGCUACAGAUUUCAGAAGUAGUUACUGAGGACAGUGGAGAAUAUUCAUGUGAAUGUGGAAACGAGAAAACAACAGCAAGUGUUGUUGUCAGUGCAUUACCGGCGGUCUUCAAACGUGAGCUACAAAGCCAAGAGGGUGAAGAAGGAGACAGUGUUACUCUUCACUGUGAACUCUCAAAAUCUGGGGUCCCAGUUGUUUGGAAGAAAGGAACGCAGGUACUCCAUUCUGGGGAAAAGUACCUUAUAAAGCAAGAUUCAGCUACUUUUGAGUUGAAGAUUGCUGACCUCAAACCUGAAGAUGCUGGACAAUACACAUGUUUGUGUGGGGACAAAAAGACUACGGCAAACAUUAAGAUCAAGGCUUUACCCCUGAUCUUCAAACGAGAACUACAAAACCAGGAGUGUCAAGAAAUGGACAGUGUUACUCUUCAAUGUGAGCUUUCCAAACAAGGAGUUCCUGUGGUUUGGAGGAAAGGAACACAGGUGAUCCAUUCUGGAGAGAAAUACCACAUCAAGCAAGUCGGGUCUACUUUCGAGCUGAAGAUCACUGAUGUCAAACCUGAAGAUGCUGGAGUCUAUAGUUGUAAUUGUGGGAUUAACAAGACCUCAUCUACCGUUACCGUCAAUGCAUUACCAGUGAUCUUCACACAUGAGCUUCAGAACCAAGAGUGUGAUGAAGGAGGCAGUGCUACUCUGUCUUGCGAGCUUUCCAAACCUGGCAUCUCUGUGCAGUGGAAAAAAGGAAGCCAUAUUAUCCAGUCUGGAGGAAAGUACAUCAUCAGGCAGUUUGCCUCAAAGGUGGAGCUGAAGAUCACUGAUCUCAAAUGUGAAGAUGAGGGAGACUACACAUGUGUGUGUGGUGAUAAGACAACCACAGCCAAUAUGAAGAUCAAGGCUCGCCCAGUUCAGUUUACACAAGAACUCUUAAACCAAGCAUGUGAUGAAGAUGACAGUGUUACUCUGCACUGUGAACUCUCAAAAACUGGAGUUCCUGUGGUUUGGAGGAAAGGAACACAGGUGAUCCAUUCUGGAGGGAAGUACCUCAUCAAACAAGUUGGGGCUACUGUUGAGUUGAAGAUCAUUGAUGUUAAACCCGAAGAUGCUGGAGUCUAUGCAUGUGAUUGCGGAGACAACAUCACCACCGCUAGCAUCAAAGUCAAUGCAUUACCAGUGGUCUUCAAAGAUGAGCUACAGAAUCAAGAGAUUCAAGAGAAGGACAGUGUUACUUUGCACUGUAAACUCUCAAAACCUGGAGUUCCUGUGGUUUGGAGGAAAGGAACUCAAGUGAUCCACUCUGGAGGAAAGUAUCUCAUCAAACAAGUUGGUUCUACUGUUGAACUGAAGAUCACUGAUGUCAAACCUGAAGAUUCUGGAAACUAUGUUUGUGAUUGCGGAGACAGCAUGACAACUGCCAACAUCAAGGUUAACGCUCUUCCAGCCAUCUUCACAAAAGAGAUGCAGAACCAGACAGCCAUUGAAGGAGAGAGCAUCAUCUUCCAAUGUGAGCUCUCCAAACCUGCAGUUCCUGUGGUUUGGAGGAAAGGAACACAGGUGAUCCACUCUGGAGGAAAGUAUCUCAUCAAACAAGUUGGGGCUACUGUUGAGCUGAAGAUCACUGAUGUCAAACCUGAAGAUACUGGCGACUAUGCCUGUGAUUGUGGAGACAGCAUUACGACUGCCAAUGUCAAGGUUAACGCACUUCCAGCCAUCUUCACACAAGGACUGAAGAACCAGACAGCUGUUGAGGGAGAGAGCAUCCGCUUCCAGUGUGAACUCUCCAAAGCAGACAUUCCAGUUGAGUGGCGAAGGGGUGAAAUUGGUCUAUGCCCCUGUGCUAAAUACGAAUUCAAGCAAGAUGGUCACCAUGCACAACUUGUCAUAAAUGACCUUGAACCUGAGGACUCUGGUGACUAUAUUUGUGAUACCGGAGAUCGCCAAAGCACUGCAUAUUUGGAAGUCAAGGCACUGCCAGUUCUUAUCAAGUCAUCACUGAAAGAUUUGGAAACCGAGGCUGGGGAAAAUGCAGUGUUUCGAUGCGAACUUGGGAAACCUGGAGCCAAAGUCAUCUGGAGGAAAGACAAGAGUGUAAUAGAAGCAAGCCACAAAUGUCAGCUGAAGCAAGAUGGAGCUUUUGCUGAGCUUAUUAUUUACAAGCUACAGGGAGGAGACUCUGGAGAAUACUCGUGUGAGACAGAACAUGAUCGGACAUCUGCCAAACUCACCGUGAAGGAACCUGAAAUCACAAUCUUAACUGGCUUGAAGAGCUGCAUUGUUAAUGAAGGCGAGGACGUUCAUUUUGAAUGCCUUGUCUCUCAUGAUAAUGCACUCAUUGUUCAGUGGACACUGCAAGACGUCCCACUACAGAACAAUGAGAUGAAUGAAAUCCGAAUGGACGGCAAAAGGCACACACUCACACUAAGAAGUGUCACCCAGAAAGACUCUGGCACAGUAUCCUUCCAUGUGGGUGCCCACACUUCUUUUGCUUGUCUUACAGUCAGAGAAAUCCCCGUGCUAUCAUUUUCGAAGGAGUUGACGAGCCAGGAAGUCACAGAGGGCGGCAGUGCCUCAUUAUGCUGCGAAACCUCUAUCCCUGGUGCCAAUGUGACCUGGAAGAAGGGCACUCAGUUCCUAUCUGAUGGAAAGAAAUAUUCCAUGAAGAGGGAUGGCACAAUCCAAACCUUGGAGAUCCUUAAGCUAUCAGUGGAAGAUGGUGGCGAGUACACAUGCGAAGCAGGAGACAAACGAACCAAAGCUACAUUAACUGUCAAAGAAUGUGUUAAAAUCACGCGAGAAUUAAAGGAUGUGACUGUGAUAACGGGCGAGGAUGCUAACUUCAAGUGUGAGGUGUCCCAAACAGGGGUUACGAAUGUUGAGUGGUGGCUCAGCUCCAACCACCUUCAAAACAAUGACUUAAAUCAAAUCAGCACCCAAGGAAGGGAACACAGCCUAGUGCUGAAAAUGGUCACACCCGAUGAUUCAGGUGAUGUAGCCUUUGUGGUUGGCCCUGAGAAGAGUGUUGCCUACUUGAUGGUGCAGGAGAAACCCAAAGUCGUAUUCUUAGAGAAGCCUCUGGACUUGACUGCCAAAGAGGGUCAAACAGUCACACUGUCCUGCAUGACUUCCGACCCUGAGGCCUCUGUCACCUGGUACAAAGAGCAGGAGAUGAUAAAGGCAGGGGGCAGGUAUCUGCUCUACAAGGAUAGAGCCGUCCAUCAGCUUCGCAUCCUUAGGGUGGAGGAAGGGGAUGCAGGGGUGUAUACAUCCAAAACCAAAGAUGCAGAAAGCUGCGCCACCCUUACUGUAAAAGGUCAACCUGCAUACUUCCAGAAGGAGUUAGAGAACCAGAAUGCAAUAGAGGGAGAUAGUAUCACAUUGCGCUGUGAACUUUCUAAACUAGUUAAAAGUGUAGAAUGGAGAAAGGGUGGAGUGGUGCUCCAACCCAGUAAGAAGUUUGAGAUGAAACAGGAAGGAUGUGUGCUGGAGCUCCAUGUCCAUGAUCUGGAACCAGAGGACAAUGGCUACUACACUUGUGAUGCUGGAGACCAGUUGACCACAGCAUCAGUCACAGUGCAAGAGGUUGAGGUCCUCAUAGUGUCGGGUAUAAAGAAUACAGAUGUGUUUGUGGGCGAACAGGCAAUUUUCUCCUGCCAGCUCUCUCGCCAUGCCAAAGGCAGAGUUCAGUGGUGGCUAGAUGGCACACGUUUGGAGAACAGUACCUUCAGUGAAAUAAGUGUGGGUGAAGACCAUGUCCACACUCUCACCCUAAGGAACCUUUCUCCCAAUGAUUCGGGUACAGUCCUGUUCAAAACAGGUGGCCUGUCAUCCUCCGCCAAACUGUUAGUGAAAGAUCCCAAUGUGGAGGUGGUCAGUGCAAUGGAGGACCAACACAUAGCAGAGAACCAGCCUGCAGAGUUCAUCUGUCAGUAUUCCCGGCCAGUCAAGGCCAUAUGGAAGCGAAACGGCAUACCUGUGCAAGCAGACGGUCGCAGGGUAAUAGUGGAACAGGACUGGACUGUUGCAAGGUUGUACAUUAGCUGUGUGGAGCCUCAGGAUGGGGGGAUGUACUCCUGUGAGGCAGAAGGAACCUCUGUUGUGGCACAUCUCAGGGUGCAAGCUAAACCCAUUGACAUUCUCCAAGAGCUGAGUAACAUGGAAACCAUUAGUGGUGGGGAAGCACUUUUUGAAUGUGCCUUGUCACGUCCUGAAACCAAAGACUGCCGGUGGUUAGUCGAUGGCAAGCCUGUAAAGGAGUCGGCAAAGGUAGAGAUCGUUUCCUUUGAGAGUGGCCGACGCCAUCUUCUGCUCUUAAAGGACUUGCAUCCUUGUGAAAACACAAAGGUUACAUUCCAAGCUGGAACUUCAUCAACUACUGCUCUUCUCUCUGUCAAAGCUUGGCAACUGGAGGUGGUCAAGCCUUUGGAAGAUAAGACCGCCAUUGCAGGAGAACCAGUUGAGUUCACUUGUGCUUUGAAUGAAGCUGUGCCUGAGAGUGAAGUGACUUGGUAUGCAAAUGGGGUUGAGCUUCAACGUAAUGACCAAUGGGCCAUGAGAGCCAGUGGCUCUUCCUACAGCCUCAUUUUGAAGAAAGCCCAGGCUCAACCCACACAGGAAAUCACAUUUGCAGCGAGGGAUGCAUUAUCCAUGGCCAAACUCACCACAAUUGCUGUGCCUGAUCCCCCUGAAGAUCCAGAGCUGGUGAGUAAAGGCCCAACGUUUGUUACCUUGUCUUGGUUCACCCCUCUCAAUGAUGGAGGAAGCCCAAUCAUUGGUUACCGGGUGGAAAUGCGUCUAGUGGACAGUGUCCUCUGGCUGCCCUGCCACACAGAACCAGUGUGCAAUACUGAAUUUCUAGUUGAAAACCUCAUACCGGGGGCAGGUUACCGAUUCAGAGUGGCAGCCAUUAACCGUGCUGGCAUUGGAGAGCCUGUCCAGCUGCCUCAAACUGUGACACUUGAUGCACCAGUGACCAUGACCAAAAUGUUAACCAGCUCUAAGCUCCAAAAAGGAAAGAUGGUUCAAUUGGAGUGUGAACUUUCUGCAGAAAGUAAAUCAGUCACAUGGCACAAGGACAACAGAGAGAUAGAGGUUGGGGCCAAGUACCAAGUGGUAGAAGAGGGCAAGAGCCAAGUUUUGCUCAUUAAGGAUUUCCAGCCUACAGACCAGGGUGUCUAUUGUUGUGUUGCCUCAAAUGAGGCAAAGACUUCAAUCAACCUCAACCUUGAAGGAGAUGGUACAACACUUUGUCAGGAUGCAGGCAGCCAGCCCAAACUGCCUCCUGAAGCUGCUUCUGAGGGAGACCUACAUGCUUUGUGGGAGGCAGUGGCCAAGAAGAGGAGAAUGAGUCGGGAACCCACAUUAGAUUCAAUUUCAGAAUUACCAGAAGAAGAUGGUAAAGAAAAGGCACAAAGCAAAGAAGAAAAAGUUAUUGAAAAAGAAGCGAAAGAGAAAGAGAGACCUGUUGAGCCAGCUCCCAAAAUCACAGCAGAGCCUAAUCUCUAUACCAGUUCUGAUGAGGAAUCUCUCAGUGGGACAACAAGCUUGGUGUCUUACCUGCAGAAAAGCAGCAAUUCCUCGAUGACAGUGGAAAGUCACACUGAGACCACUGCCUCCAAGAAACUGUAUGAGCACUUCCAGAUGACUGAGCAAUCUGUUACAAAGACCUCUGUGGAGCCCCUCAUGGAAGCUCAGAAAGGGGACGAGUUGCUAGAUGCUGCUGUCAAGAUUCAGGCAGCCUUCAAAGGUUAUAAAGCCAGAAAGGACAUGCGACCAGUCUUCAAAGAAGUAUUCAAAGAGCAGACUAAGGAGCCCAAUGGGACAAUUCAUCUCGAGUGCAUUGUGGAGGGUAAGCCAGAUAAAGUUCGCUGGCUAAAGGAUGGUGAACCCUUAGUAGACGGCAAGCACCACCAUAUUGAUAUCUAUAAUGAUGGUACCUGCUCUCUAGUAGUGACAGCUGCCACAACCAAAGACACAGGUGUAUAUACUUGUGAAGUCACCAAUAAAUUUGGCAUUUCCACCCAUAGUGGUAAAGUCACCAUAGGGUCAAUGCGGGAAUCUUCUGGGCGACGACCCCUCACUCUAGGCUACAGUGCAGACAGUGAAGCUGAGAGCUCCUCGGGGAGUGAGAUGGAUGAGACUUUACGUCAGGCAAGUAAGCGAUUGCGGCGUCUUCUUCGCACUCGCCUUCCUCCGGAUGUGGAGGAGGAACCUUUUUUGAGUGCGGAUGAAGGAGAUUUACCGCCACCGGAUCUACAGUCUUACCGGGAAGACGAUCAGUACAUCUACAUCCGCUUUGAUAACCGUGCAGAAGCUCAAGUGGCUUCCCAGCGCUUCCAGGAAAUGUUUACUUAUCAAGGAGUGCCCAUCGAAACGAUCGUCAUACCAGCAGCAGGUUCUAAGGUAGAGCUGCGUAUCACAAAGAUGGGCCUCUCCCAAGAUGGCUCCCAAACCCCAACUCAGGACCGACCGAUGCCUUCUUUCAUGACAGGAACCCCUGCGGCCCCCGUCUUCCUGACGGAGCUUCGUAGCCAGGAUGUUCCUGAUGGAUUUCCAGUCAGUUUUGACUGUGUAAUUGCUGGCAAACACCCUCACACUGUGCGAUGGUUCAAGGAUGGAAAGCUGUUGGAGGAAAACGACCACUACAUGAUCAAUGAAGACCAGGAAGGUCGUCACCAGCUGAUCAUCACAGCUGUGCUUCCCACAGAUAUGGGCGUAUAUCGAUGCAUGGCUGAAAAUGACAGUGGCAUCGCCUCCAGCAAGGCUGAGCUGAGAGUGGACAUGUCUUGCAGCUCAGACUAUGACACAGCAGCUGAUGCCACAGAGACGUCUUCCUAUGUCAGUGCUAAAGGCUAUGUGUCUAGCUCGGAGCACAGGGACACAGAGGCUUUUGAGUCUGUGGCAGAGGAUGAGCAGCUUCCUCAGGUUUUGGAUGAGUUGCACGAUUUAUUCCUCAGUCCUGGAGCACCCAUUGCCAAAAUGAGUGUUAAGGUCAAAGGAUUUCCCUCACCAAGAGUUUACUGGUUCAAAGAUGGCACCCCACUUCAAGCCUCCAGCAGAAUUAUAUUGUCAACCGUGCGAGAUCAGCACAGUCUUGAGGUUUUGGAUGUUAAGCGGGAGGACACCGGAGAAUACUCCGCAUACAUUAGCAAUAUAGCUGGAUCUGCCUACUCUUCAGCACGACUGAAUGUACUGGCUCCUGGAGAGCGCCCGGCACCUGAACAGGGACGAAUGAGAGAUCCAAAGGUGCCACUUGUGCCACCACGCUUUCUGGAGAGGUUCAGCAACAAGAAGGUGAAACAGGGAGCAAGUAUAACGCUGUCAGUCAAAGUGGAAGGUUCCCCAACCCCAUCUGUGAACUGGUUAAAGGAAGUGUCAGAUAAGGAUGUUUUGUGGAUCAAGGCAGACACACCAGGUUACAAGGUGGCCAGCUCUGGCCGUCAGCAUAGUCUAAUCCUUAUGGAAGUGGAAAAAAAUCAUGGUGGCAUGUACACUUGCAUUGCCACCAACCGUGCUGGACAGUCGGUUAACACAGCCCGGCUGGAUGUGGAGACAGCACCAGAGCAAAAGAGCAAAGUGGGGCCACAGGUUCUGGGAAUUACUAUUAGCCCACCGGAGGAAGUGGCCAAAGGAGAGAUCAAACUACCUUACAUGGGUGAAGUGGGUACAGAGGAAUUCUUACAAAAACUCACAACCCAAAUCACAGAAAUGGUAUCAGCCAAGUUCACCCAAGACAGCUUACAGAACCAUCAAGUGCUCCAGUGGAUGAAAUCUUGGCCCAAAGUAACCACUUCAUUACGUGUCCCAGGAGCUGACAGUGAUGAUGAAACAAAAACACCAUCACCAUCUCCUCAUCACGGCCGAUCACGCCCUGCAUCUCUCAUCGCAGACUCAUCAUCUGAAUCGGAUGAAGGAGAUGCCAGGGGAGAGAUGUUUGAUAUCUACGUGGUGACAGCUGAUUACAAUCCCACGGGUGUCAGUAAAGAUACCAUCGCUCUGAAAGAGGGCCAGUAUGUGGAGGUUUUGGACUCUGCCCACCCACUUAAAUGGCUGGUCCGUACCAAGCCUACCAAAUCCAACCCGUCUCGCCAGGGAUGGGUCUCACCUGCGUAUCUUGACAAAAGACUGAAGCUGUCUGCAGAUGUAGCGGACCUCCCGGAGACCACCAGAGAGGAAGUCACCGAGACCGAGUACAAGAAGAAACUCUGUCAACUUGUUCAGGAGCUGAUCAACACAGAGAAUGAGUUUCUGAAAGAGAUUGAGUUUUUCACAUCACACCAUCUGAAGCGCGUGGAUGAGGAGAGCACACCACCUGAUAUCGCCAGCCAGAAGGAAACCAUCUUCCGUAAUAUCAGUGAUUUAAAAUCCUUCCACAGCAGCUCUUUGCUGCCCGGUCUGCGUGAUUGUGAGACUGAUGAUGACAUUGCCAUGCAUUUCUUAAAAAACUCUGAAGGUUUUGAGAAAUAUCUACAGUACCUCAUUGGACAGUCACAGGCUGAGUCCGCAAUCAGUGAGAAAGAAGUGCACCAAUAUUUCAAGGAUUAUACAGUCUCAGAGUUGGCAAAUGUCGACCCCUCAGAGUGUCCAGUGCUCAGUAUCAAUGCUUAUCUUCAGAGACCACCAGAGAGAAUACUAAAGUACAGGGCUUUACUGAAGGAAUUGAUCCGGAACAAAGCAAAGAACGGUCAGAACUGCUGUUUGUUGGAGCAAGCCUUUGCAAUGGUGUCAUCCCUCUCCCAGCGCUCAGAGAACACACACCAUGUAUCUCUCAUAGAGAACUACCCGGCCAAUCUGGAGGCGUUGGGAGAACCUAUCAGACAGGGGCCUUUCACUGUUUGGGAAGGAGCUCCUGGAGUUCGAUCAUCUUCCAGAGGUCACCACCGCCAUGUUUUCCUCUUCAAAAACCAUGUGGUCAUCUGCAAGCAGAAGAGAGACACAAAUAUGGACACCCAAACAUAUGUGUUUAAGAAUAUGAUGAAGCUCACAAACGUUGAUGUGAACGACACUGUGGAGGGUGAUGAGAGAGCAUUUGAGAUCUGGCAUGAGCGUGAGGACUCUGUGAGAAAAUACACUCUGCAGGCACGGACUGUCAUCAUCAAGAACUCGUGGCUCCGUGACCUCCGUGACCUUCAGCAGCGGUUCAGCAUGCCAGCGUGGAGCCUUCCAGAUUUCGACUCAGUGUUGACAGACUUAACAGCAGAGCUUGGACAGACAGUAAAGCUCGCCUGCAAGGUCACUGGUGCCCCGAAACCACAGGUCACCUGGUACAAAGACGGGCGAGCUGUGGAAGCGGAUCCUCAUCACAUCAUCAUUGAGGACCCGGACGGCUCGUGCACACUCAUAUUGGACAACAUGACGGCAGACGACUCUGGCCAGUACAUGUGCUUCGCCACCAGCUCUGCGGGCAACGCCAGCACACUAGGCAAAAUCACAGUGCAGGUACCUCCACGUUUUGUGAAUAAGAUCAGGAACGCCACACUCUUUCCAGGAGAAGAUGCUCAGUUCACCUGCACCAUUCAGAGUGCACCAAGUCCAAAGAUAAGAUGGUUUAAGGAUGGUAAACUACUGACAGACCAGGAGAAGUUUCAGACAUACACUGAAUCACGCAGUGGAGUGUUGGUUCUUGUUAUCAAGAACCCUGGAGAAAGAGACCUCGGACACUAUGAAUGUGAGCUGUCGAACCGUCUGGGCAGUGCCAGGUGUGCGGCACAGCUGAUCACUCCUGCUGUGGCAAAGGCUGGAGAACGUAGAGCAGAUCAGGCCAUCACUAUAGAAGUAACGGAACAAGAGACGAAAAUACCGAAGAAAACCAUAAUUAUCGAGGAGACCAUCACCACAGUGGUGAAGAACACUCGUAUGAAACGCCAUGCGUCCCCAAGACCAUCACCCAUGGGAGCUUACCGCUCAGAGACGUCCACUCCCGAACCGCCCAGACACAGACGAACCCCGGCCAGGAAGACCGUCCCGACACUGUACGUCCAAGAUCCAGAGGGUGCCACGGCCAGGAACCCGAGAUGGGUGGAAGUCGAGGAAAUAAUCGAGUAUAAAGUGAACAAAUCACCCAAGUUACCAAGGAGAAGGGGCGUUUCCCCCGGCAAGUUGUCACCACCUGGAAAUCCAAACACUAAUAACUCCAACAACAAGUUAGUAGAGGGUGCCGAAAUGCUUCUACAAGCAUCUUCUGGUACGGAUGAAGAGGAAACUGUGUCUGAGGUUGACAAUGUGACGAUCUACCCAAGCGUUACAGCAGAUAUUAGUGACCCGUGUGUCUUGGUCGACUCUGAUGAAGACGAGGAGGGAACUAUCGUCCUGGAGCCCGAAGACGACCAACUUGGUGCGCGAGACUGCAAAACACUGACUGAUGGGAAUCGGGUUCUUACUCUUGAAGACCUCGAGGACUACGUCCCUCAAGAAGGCGAGACUUUCGGCAGCCGUCCAGACCAUCACGUCCCUGUUGAGAAGCCGAGUGAGAUCUCGGUGUUGCAGAGAGAAAUAAACGAGUCGGUCAUCGGAAAACCCAUUCUGCUGCACGUGGGGCGUCCAGUGGCGUCCGCAAAGCCUCGCGUGGGUUUCUUCGGAUCCUUCAAGGAACAUAUUUCCAGCAUGUUUACUCCAGGUUCAUCCGUGAGCAGCAGGCGAGAGAAGACCAUCCCUAUUCAUGUGACUGAAGAACCAGGCCACGCCAGUAGCUUUGCGAGGUUUGACGUCCAGCCGACGUACUGCUCCGAGGUCCAGAGAGGAAAGGAGGGAGGUCUGCAGAGCUUCAAAACGCAAGUGUCCGCGCAAACCUGCAGCUACACACCAACCGGACAAGUCACUCUUCAGAUCAGCAAGAAGAAGCCGGUCGAAAAGCAGUAAUCGAGAGGCAUCGAAUCUUCGAAGCUUGUUUCCGGCGUGCAAAAUCAGGACAUGGAGUAGCCCGAGUCUUAAAUGGGAACACUUCUGUAAAAUCUUGCAAUCUAAUUCAAUCGCAAAGCUUCUGGAUCAUUCCAUGUUGAGGCGACACUUUUUGCAUAGGAUUCACUCGAUGCCUUUCUAAGACUUUCUAGUUCCUGUGAGCGUGAAAUCAAAUGUGCAGCUGCACUUGGGAACUACAAGUUUAACAUGAAUGUGCAAAUAUGGACAGUACGGCUGUCUUUUUGUCUAAAGGACAUACUAAGAAAUACACAAGAAAUCCAAAUUCUCCAACAAUAAGAUUGUGGUUUACCUGACUGUAAUUUAUGUGCUGUAUCUACAUUUAUACACUGGCCAAAACAAAACAAAAAGUCACUGUUUGGAUUUAAAUAGGCAAAUGCUUAAGAGUCUAUGCAUUGUAUUAUUUUUAUGUUUGGGAACAGUUCUUUUAAACCUAGUUGAUGGAGAGUUUAGCAUUUCCUUUCUUAAACAACCCUGUAGGAAAACAGCCUGAUGAAUCUUGACAUUGUCAUCCUGGAAUAUGGCCAUGAUGUGUCUUCCUAUAUGGUUGUUUUAAAAAAAUUAAAAAGCUACACACUCCAUCGGUUAGGGUUAAAAGAACUGUUGCCAAACUUAUAACAUGAUAGAUCCAUAAUCACUCAAUAAUGAUCCAAUCAUAGACCCUUAACCCUAAAACCGUAUUCUGGACAAUUGUGGGCAAAAUAGUUGAUUUAUU